UAAUUGAUUAUUCUCACCUGCAUCCUUUCACAUACGACUGCUCUGUGAAAAUUCGCUCACAUGAGCGGGGAAAAUUGAAUCCUCUUCACUUUUUACCGUUUCAUAUUUCUCGGAAUGGACCCAACGGCUGAAAAUGCUGCCACAGGAGUGCAAGUUAGAGAUGAUCUGUCUGAGAAGUGUCAAAAGCUGUUUCUCGAAUUUUUGGAGGAAUUUCAGAACAAAAAUGGGGACAUACUCUACCUGCCUGAUGCCGAGGAACUAAUUCGGCCCGAGAGAAACACCCUUACCGUGAACUUCACCAACAUUGAGCACUACAAUCAGCAACUUGCUACAACUAUACAAGAAGAAUAUUACCGGGUCUAUCCGUUCCUCUGCCGGGCUGUGCGUCAGUUCGCCCGCGACCAUGGGAACAUUCCGCCGUCCAAGGAGUUCUACGUGGCCUUCUCGGAUUUCCCGUCAAGACAAAAGAUCCGGGAGUUGUCGACGGCCCGGAUCGGCACUCUGCUGCGGAUCAGCGGUCAGGUGGUGCGGACGCACCCGGUUCACCCGGAGCUGGUGAGCGGCUCGUUCCUGUGCCUGGACUGCCAGUCGCUGAUCAAAGACGUGGAGCAGCAGUUCAAGUACACACAGCCCUCCAUCUGCAAGAACCCCGUCUGCGCCAACCGCCGACGGUUCAUGCUCGACACCAACAAGUCGCGCUUCGUCGACUUCCAGAAGGUGCGUGUCCAGGAGACUCAGGCCGAGCUCCCUCGCGGCUCCAUCCCGCGCAGCCUGGAGGUGGUGCUCCGGGCGGAGGCGGUGGAGUCGGCCCAGGCCGGGGACCGCUGCGACUUCACCGGCACACUCAUCGUCGUUCCCGACGUCUCCGCCCUCGCCCUCGCAGGCACCCGGGCGGAGACGAGCAGCCGUGUGACGGGCAGGGAUGGGUUCGAGGCUGACGGCAUCCAGGGCCUGAAAGCCCUGGGCGUGAGAGACCUGUCCUACCGGCUGGCCUUCCUGGCCUGCAAAGUGGCCCCCACCAACCCCCGGUUUGGCGGUACAGAGCUCCGACAGGAGAACCAGACGGCGGAGAGCGUGAAGAACCAGAUGACCGUGCAGGAGUGGGAGAAGGUCUUCGAGAUGAGUCAGGACAAGAACCUCUACCACAACCUCUGCACCAGUCUGUUCCCAACCAUUCACGGAAACGACGAGAUAAAGAGAGGUAUUCUCCUCAUGCUUUUUGGAGGCGUUGCCAAGACGACCAUGGAGGGCACCUCCCUGAGGGGGGACAUCAAUGUGUGCAUUGUGGGAGAUCCCAGCACCUCCAAGAGCCAGUUCCUCAAACACGUGGAGGACUUCGCGCCCCGCGCGGUCUACACCAGUGGGAAGGCUAGCAGUGCCGCGGGGCUAACGGCGGCCGUGGUGAAGGACGAGGAGUCGCACGAGUUUGUGAUCGAGGCCGGGGCGCUCAUGCUGGCGGACAACGGUGUCUGCUGCAUCGACGAGUUUGACAAGAUGGAUCUGAAGGAUCAGGUGGCGAUUCACGAGGCCAUGGAGCAGCAGACCAUCUCCAUCACCAAGGCUGGGGUGAAGGCCACGCUGAAUGCCCGCACUUCCAUCCUGGCCGCCGCCAACCCCAUUGACGGGCGCUACAACCGCUCCAAGUCCCUGAAGCAGAACGUCAACAUGUCGGCUCCCAUUAUGUCCCGCUUCGACCUCUUCUUCAUUCUGGUGGAUGAGUGCAAUGAGGUUACUGAUUACGCCAUUGCCCGACGCAUCGUGGACCUGCACUUGAGAAACGUGGAAUCGGUACAGCGUGUAUAUGAGACAGACGAGAUUCAGAGAUACAUACUGUUUGCUCGCCAGUUCCAACCAAAAAUCACGGAGACGGCGGCGGAGUUCGUGGUGGAGCAGUACAAGCAUCUCCGGCAGCGCGACUGCAGCGGGACGCUCAAGUCGGCCUGGCGAAUCACGGUGCGGCAGCUGGAGAGCAUGCUCAGACUGUCCGAGGCCAUGGCGCGCAUGUACUGCUCCGACGAGGUUCACCCCAAGCACGUGAAAGAGGCGUUCCGACUCCUGAAUAAGUCCAUCAUCCGCGUGGACUCCCCGGACAUCAACUUUGACCAGCAGGAGGACACCGAGGACCUGCACGAUCAGGAUGGGGUGCCGGGGGAGGAGGGGGCUAAGGGGGGCGGCGCUAACGGACAUGCGGAGACGGCGGCGAUGGAGGACGGGGCGGGGAAGCCCCCCGCGGCCGACAAACCCGCCUUCAAGAUGUCCUUCGCCGAGUACAAGAAGGUCUCCAACCUGCUCGUCCUGCACAUGCACAAAAUGGAGGACCUCGACGAAGAAUCCUCGCUAAAGAAAAGCGAAUUGAUCAACUGGUACCUGAAAGAGAUGGAGAGUGAGAUCGAGACGGAGGCCGAACUGAUUGCCAAGAAAAGCCUGAUAGAAAAAGUGCUUUACCGACUGAUCCAUUAUGACCACGUCCUCAUAGAGCUGACCCAGACAGGGCUGAAGAAGGGGGCUAAAUUUGGGGUGGACCCCAUUGAAGAAGAGGACCCUUUUAUGGUGGUGAACCCAAACUAUGUGCUUGAAGACUGAGUCGGCUCUUCUGUGUUUUACAUUGUGCCCGGUGUAAAAUGGAUCACGGUGAUGGAUGCGUUUUAUCAGUCUCUCACUGGGCAUUAGCUGCGUCACAUAUACAGGUGGAGCAGGAGACCUGUUGUCAUGGCGAUUAGGCCUCAUGAAUUGAAUUGGCACUUGGUUUCGGGUUUGGGGAAAACUAUUUAUUAAAUCAUAUUUUUGCAUAACAA